AUGGAAAUGUCAGAAGAUGAUACUAAUACGGAAGAAUACCCCACUGAAAUUCACGAUUAUCUUGUAGCAUUUGAAAAAUCUCUUGGUUCUGUAGAUGAGAUGCUGAAGACAAUGAUGUCAGUUUCCAGGAGUGAGCUUAUCCAAAAGUUAGAGCCUCUUGAGCAAGCAAAGAUGGAUUUGGUUUCGGUGUAUGCGUUAAAUUCAAUGUUCUGGGUAUAUUUGGCUACUCAGGGAAUCAAUCCAAAGGAACAUCCAGUGAAACAAGAACUGGAGAGAAUAAGAACAUACAUGAACAAGGUCAAAGAAAUAGCAGACAAGAAAAAGGCAUCCAAACUUGAUAAAGGAGCUGCUUCUCGAUUUGUAAGAAAUGCACUCUGGGAACCAAACUCUGAAAAUGAACAUACUUUCAAAACUCCUGCUAAAGGAAAAAAAAGAAAGAUGGACUAA